CCCCGGCCGGCAUGGGCGGGCGGCGGCGGCGGCUGCCCGCGUGGCUGGCGGCUGCCCUCGUGGCCGUCGGCAUCCUGGCGCCCGCGGCGACGCUCGGCGAACCGGCUCCUCCCGCAAAUUGUGUGGACAUCAGCUUGGGUUCUUGCAAUGAUGUAUCUUAUUCUGAAACUAUUUAUCCCAAUUUACUGCACCAGAAAACCCGAGAAGUGAUUGAGUACAGUUCUGAAUACAUCUUGGUGAGUGUGUUCCACAACUUGCUGCAGGGAGAAUGCAAUCCUGAUCUGCGACUCUUGAGUUGCUCCAUUAUGGCCCCGAAGUGUGAAAAUGGCACCAUCAUUAAGCCUUGUCGAAGGGUCUGUGAAACCCUGAGAAGAAACUGCCUUCUGGCAUUUGAUGCAAUAGACAUGGCUUGGCCAUAUUUCUUAGACUGCGAUCGCUUUUUUGUGGAUGAAGUGGAAGGAUGCUUUGAUCCAUUAGAAAAGCUGCGAGGUGAAAUAGAAUUUGCUGAAGAGGUCCUCAGGGAAGCACCCACCUUCAUUCAGUUCAUCCACCACUCCUUCCCGCAAAUGGUGAAAGUUUUGAAGAAGGUGGUCUCCAGGUGCCCCCACAUUGCCAGGCUGUACAGCAUUGGGCGCAGCUUUGAAGGGAAAGACCUUUUUGUGAUUGAGUUCUCUACUAGCCCUGGAAACCACGAACUGUUCAAACCGGAGUUCAAAUAUAUUGGCAACAUGCAUGGAAAUGAAGUUGUGGGGAAAGAAAUGUUGCUCUACCUUGCCCAGUAUCUGUGUUCUGAAUAUCUUCUUGGGAAUACCAGGAUCCAGACAUUGAUCAACAACACUCGAAUUCACCUCCUUCCUUCUAUGAAUCCGGAUGGAUAUGAACUGGCAGCGGAAGAGGGCGCUGGCUAUAACGGAUGGAUAAAUGGGAGGCAAACAGCUCAGAAUCUCGAUCUCAACAGGAAUUUCCCAGAUCUGACCUCUGAAGCUUACAGACUUGCAAAGAUCCGAGGGGCUCGGAUGGAUCACCUCCCUAUUCCGCAGUCUUACUGGCUGGGCAAGGUGGCCCCAGAGACAAAAGCUGUUAUGAAGUGGAUCAAGUCGGCCCCGUUCGUGCUGUCUGCCAGUCUCCACGGGGGUGAUUUGGUCGUUUCCUACCCUUACGAUUACUCCAUGCAUCCUCUGGAGGAGAAAAUGUUUUCCCCCACACCGGAUGAGAAGAUGUUCAAACUACUUUCUAGAACCUAUGCAAAUGCACACCCUGGCAUCUCAGACAGAUCAGAAAUGCGUUGUGGUGGAAAUUUUGUGAAACAAGGCGGCAUCAUAAAUGGCGCUGAAUGGUACAGCUUUACUGGAGGAAUGGCAGAUUUUAAUUAUCUCCAUACAAACUGUUUUGAGGUGACUAUGGAGCUUGGGUGCGAGAAGUUUCCUUUAGCUGAUGAACUAUAUAAGCUCUGGCAAGAGAACAAAGACGCCCUGCUGAAAUUCAUGGAAAUGGUCCAUCGUGGCAUAAAAGGAAUUGUAUCUGACAAAUUUGGAGAGCCAAUCAAGAAUGCCCGAAUUUCAGUCAGAGGCAUCCGCCAUGAUAUUCUUACAGCUGAUGGUGGAGACUACUGGAGACUUCUGCCUCCUGGUACAUACAUUGUGAGUGCCCAGGCGCGGGGCUACAGUAAAGUCCUGAAGAAGGUGACUUUGCCUGCCAGGAUGAGAAGGGCUGGCCGGGUGGAUUUUGUCUUGCAAGCCCUCAGUGGAAAGCUCACCCACCUUCUCCAGGGACCUGCAGGAAGAGCGUACGACCCCCUGGAUCACUUUGAUCCUCACGCCCAGCCAGAGCUAAGGAAGAAUGAAGAGCGAUCUGUCCAGCCACGAGAGAAACCCUGGUGGUGGCCAUAUUUCAGCUCUCUAAAUCAACACAAACCUUUGUGGCUGCUGAAGCAGAGCUGA